AUGUUGGGUCCUACUAUACACAACAAAACCAUACUGGAAGAAGAAGAAGAAGAAGAAGAACAAGAACAAGACAUGGAUAAUGAUGAUCACAUCUUGAAUUAUCUGACUGACGCUACUGUCCACGAUAACAUACGCUACUAUCAAGACAUCACAAGGCUUCUGAGGCACAACAACAAUAGAGCGCCUGGAGAAGCUGAGCCAAUGAAUGGCGAUGAUGAUCAUUAUUUGUACACUAGCAGCACCAGUGUUGAUCUCUCACCCAACAGCAGCUACAGCAAAGCAAGGCGAGAGCAACAAGGCGGAGUCUACGCUUCUGCUUCUUGUGUUGAUGCUGAUAGCAUUGUUGAUGCUGAUUUUGAUGCUAAUUAUGCUUCUCUGGAUGAUACUACUGCAGCAUUUCAACAUCAACAACAACAAUUUGGUAUUAAUAGUCUAUUGCCUUGUUCCUCUUCUUCUUUAAACAUGUAUCAUCAUCAACAUCGGCGUUUACCCUCCACAUCCACAUCUACUUGCUCGUCUUAUACAUCUCGUAUGAUGCUGCUCGAUGAAGACAUCCUGUCGUCUGCCAUGACAGCCGCUACCAGUAACGCAUCUACAGCUACUUCAAAUGCACAUCACGAUACCAGCGACAGUAUUCUCAUGAAACAAGCGCUCAAGCAGGCACAGCAGCGAAAAAGAAGAGAAAGCAUAGGUGAAGUGGUCACCAUCAGAAAGAGACCCGCCUCAACAUCUGUUGUACCCAGAUUAACAAAAUCAUCCGUUUUGCAGACCAACAGCACUAUCAACAGUGCCAGCAGCAAUAGAAAAAGAUCGCUCUCCAACAUACAUCACAACAACAAUCGUAGAAAGUACUAUUCUUUACAGCAACCACUCAGUCAAUCCGAGCGUAAUAAACUAGCUUCCUUGGAGCCGUCGCUAUCAUCAUCGUCGAUAACUCACAGCACAUUUGCUGCUGCUGGUGGCGGUGGAGUUCAUUGGGACCCUCACAUAGAUGCUUUCGAAAUUCUCAGAGCCAAAAUCACGGGGAUCACGCGAUCCAUGCAAGAGUUUCAUGUUCAGGAACUCUUCCAUGACGAGAUUAUGGGACAGAAAAGGCGUCAAAUGGUCAGACCAUCAAGGACCAUCUCUUCGCCCAUCAUCACAACAGAGCAUAGAAGCAGCAACAAUAAACGAGAGCUCAAGGGAAGACGCUUCAGUAUGGCCAAUUUGAAUGAAAACAACUCACUGUAUCUCGGUCAUCGUCGCAUCAAAUCACAGAGUUUUUUGCCGAGUGAUAAAGAUGAGGAUGAGGAGGAUGACAACAAACAAGAGGAUGAAACAUUAACACGAUCGCUUAAUCAUUAUCGGAUGCACCAAGACCAUAGCAGCUACAACUACAGCGAGGAAGAAGAAGAAGAGGAGGAGGAUGAGCUCAGUGAGAGACAGCUGAAAAGCCCCAACUUGACAGCACUGUUUACCACUACCAACAGCUUGAUAAACUCUCGACUCGAUGAGUUAUCUGAAACAGCCAGCAUCAAAUCCAACACAUCUCAAUUAGAGUGGCAAAAGCAAUUUCUAAGCCUUGUCACCAGUUGUAUACACCAAUCCGAAGCACUUGAGUCACUGUCUACUGACGUCCUGAAUGCGGAGCACCGUGUGAGAGAACUGAUGCUGGUGAAUGAUACCCUUCAUGAACAAUUUCAUGAAAGAGAAAAGCAAUACGAAGAGCGCAUCCGAGAGUGCCAACAAGUAGCUCAUCAGCAACUCGUCAUGAUUGAUUCUCUGGAAGAGUUGACGGCUGAUAUUAACAUGAAGAUGGAGUCGCGUAGACGAGAAAUGCACCGGCAAGAAGCGCUGAGAGCACUGGAUGCCAACAACACGCUGCAGGACCAAGAAUUAGAACUGCAACAUCAACAAAAUGAAAGAUGGAACUUCCAGAGAUCAGUAGCAGAUCUAUUAAAUAUGGCCGAUAAACAUGAUGUGAUUCAAAAGAUGAGAUGGGACGUUGGCAUGUUUGUUGGUGGUGGUGUGGGGACGGGACAUGUUAUCCACUCGUAUCAGGACAAACUCAAUGGUAUCGACAUGAUGAUAGCAGGGACAGGCACAACGACAAUGCCUUAUCGAGGAGGAGAUAUCCAGUACAGCGAUCAAGAAGAAGAAGAAGAAGAAGAAGAAGAGCAAGCACAGACAACCACCUUCUCCAUAUCGCCAUCCAUACAUCAUAUUCGACUUUAUCAACAUCAAUACAUUUUGCAUCUCAGUAACAGAGACAGACAAACAAGGUUCUCUCUGUUACCCAAGUGUCUCUGGGUGCCUGACCAUGAAACAAACCAAUGCCAAUUUCAACACACCAAGCGACAUUUGCGAUGUAGCACAAGGUUCUCCUUUUUUCAAAGAAAGCAUCACUGUAGACGAUGCGGCUCCAUCGUCUGCCAAAGACACAGUGCGAAUAGAUUACCGCUAUUCAACACUUCCAAGGCACACAGCACAACCGGCCAAUGGAGCAGAGUAUGUGAUGGUUGCUUUUAUGAUUUGAUUAUGCAUAAAUAA